AUGCGCCAACGGCCGAGGCAACACGGGUGGCACGGCAGGCAGAAAAACGGGCUGAGAAAAAACGGUUGGAGGAGGAGAAACAAGCAGAGGCGAAACGAAAGAGCCAAGCUGAGAAGAACAAAGCCCGCAACAAGAGGCGCAGAGAGUUGCGCCAAGAAGCACGCCAAAGCCAGGACCCUGAGGCGCGCGGGAAAAUCGGGAGAGCCCGAGACGCCCGACGCGUCGCCGACGCAAACGCCAGGUCCGGCUCGCACGCGUGGCCGCCCUGGAGAAAGACAGGAAAAGGAAAGCCCAGAGCUCAGCUGCGCCCACAAGAGAAAAAGAAAGAAAGCAAGGAAAGAAAGAAAGAAAAAGAAAGGAAAGAAAGAAAGAGAAAGAAAGAGAAAGAAAGAAAGAAAGAAAGAAAGAAAAAAGAAAAGAAAGAAAAGAAAGGAAGAAAAAAGAAAGAACGCAAAGGAAGCACGAAAAAAGAAGAAUUUGGCGAGAGCUUGA